GGACCAUCAGGACAGAACUGGACCAUCAGGACAGAACUGGACCAUCAGGACCGACCCAUUUGUGUUCCAGGAUGUGGAUGUUUGUGAUGAUGUUCUGUCUGCUGGAUCAGAACCAGGCUUUACCAUGGGAACGCAGCAGCCUGCGGCUCCUCCUACAGCAGGUGGACCAGACACAGCCGUCUCCUUCUCCUGAUGUCGGUCAACAAACGUCUUCUUCCUCUUCCUCCUCAUCAUCAUCAUCAUCGUCGUCAGUUUCAUCUGAGUCGAGUCAGAGUUCAGAGGGUCCUCAACAGCUGAGAGAGCAGCAGCAGCUGGAGAACAUGGUGGAGCACAUGGACUCCCUGGAGAGCUCGGAGCUCCUCCCCUCACCUGCUAACAGUCUGUGGAUCAACCAGCUGGGCGACAGAGCGGGCGAGCGAGACGCCAGCAAGGACGGAGAACGCCGACACCAGACUCUGCUGUUGAACUUUGACCUUCGACCUGGACCCACCGAGGGCGUGGCCAUUACGGAGAUGGGCGGAGUCGAUGGUGAAGUGGGCGUGGUGACCGGACAUGAUGGCGGGUAUGAAGGAGGGGAGGAGGCGGGGCUUAAUCGCCUGAUGGACGACAGCGCAGAGCGGGACGUCAGGCUGACCAUGGACUCGCCAGGCAACGCCCACCACUACCACAGUUACCACGGAAACGAGGAGGGGCUAGAACUGGGGCUGUGAUGGAGGCCACGCCCCCUGCUUACAGCUGUCAAUCAAUUGUUAAUUGUUGAUGUCACGUCAUGUGACCAUAUGUUCAUAUUUAACCAUGUGUUUUUUCUACAUCACGUGACACUGUUACCAUGACAACUAACAUGACCUGAAUAACCCGUGUUUAAUGAACAAUAAACCGCUUAAUUCAU